AUGACACGAGCUACUAAUACUACAACGGAAAAAAGGUCCCAAAUAUUUUUGCCAAAUAUUUUCUUCAAAUGUUUUUCUGUUGCUCUAGUAUGUAUUAUCUCUUUCUGUGGUGGCUACUUCCUGAAUUUGAGUUAUUCGACCAACCAUCUAGAGAUUGGAACGAAAACAAAUCCGAUUGAACGGAGAAAUUCGCGUCACUUGCGUCCUUAUCGAGAGCAACUCUUGGAUUCGUUCAAGGCAGAAAAUUUAGAAGAAACGUUAAGGUAUUUCUCCAAGGAGCCACAUCUCGCUGGUUCAAAACGCAACAACGACUUAGCGCACCACAUUGCUGCUAAAUGGCGAGAGUAUGGCUUUGAUGAAGUUACAAUGCCAAAGUAUGAUGUGCUCAUGAGUUCACCUAAAAAAGAUCGGAAGAGCCAUGUGGAAAUUCAUCGUAAUGGUCGUGUGAUCUUUAAAUCACAGUCUCAUGAAAAGGUUUUACGUGAAGAUGAAAAGAAAAGUAAAGAUAUCCCAAUUUUUCUUGGUUAUUCUCCCAGUGGGGUAGUGGAAGGUGAAGUUGUCUACGCCAACUUUGGCACUGAAGACGAUUUUGAGAAACUGACAGCUAUGGGAGUGUCUUUGAAAAAUAAGAUUGUUAUAGCGCGACAGGGACGAGUAUUUAGAGGAAACAAGGUCUUCAAUGCUCAUUCACACGGCGCCUCUGGGGCCCUCAUAUACACUGACCCUGCGGAGUUUGCACCAGAGGGAGACGGAAACACUUUUCCCAAAUCCUGGUGGCUUCCAGACUCCGGCACACAGCGUGGGUCAGCGAUAAGUGAAACGGGGCCUGGUGACCCACUUACCCCGGGCUUUCCUUCUGUGGAUGGUAUAUACCGACAGCCAUUGAACGAAAGUGGCUUACCACCAAUUCCUGCCUUUGCUCUAUCUUAUGGCGACGCCAAAGAAAUAUUAAAGCGAAUGAAAGGUCCUGAAGCCCCGAAGAGCUGGCAAGGAGGCUUGCAACUCACUUAUCACGUCGGGCCGGGUUUUAAAGACGAAGAUCUUUCAUUACGCUUGGAUAUUAGGAACAACAUGGAGAAUAAAACCAUUACCAACGUCAUUGGCCAGAUCAGAGGCGCCGUAGAACCCGACCGUUAUGUACUCAUAGGGAACCAUCGGGACGCUUGGGUGUUUGGUGCUGCUGAUGCAGUUAGCGGUACGGCUGCAAUGAUGGAGUUGUCUCGUGGUUUGGGAGAGCUUCUUAAAACGGGAUGGCGACCUCGCCGGACCAUAAUGCUCUGCAGCUGGGACGCGGAGGAGGUGUUUGUGGUUGGAUCAGCCGAAUGGGUUGAAGAAAAUGCUCGAACUCUUCAAGAUCGCGCUGUUGGUUACCUCAACAUGGACGUGGCUGUCAAUGGCAAUUUCAGUAUCAACGUUGAUGCAAAUCCUCUACUCCAAGACGUGGCUGUAUCGUUGACCAAAGAAGUAUGUGAUCCAACAGUUUCGGACACUUGCAGAAGCAUGUACGAUGUCAUGUUAGAGAGAGAUGUUACGAAACACGAGAACGGGAUCCCAUUCUGCGAUAAUUUGUCGUUCGGAAGUGAUUACGUGUCGUUUUAUCAUUUCAUCGGAGUCUCUUGUGCGGAUUGGUCUUACAUUUUCGGGGGGUUGUAUGGAAUAAGGCGAUCGUAUCCAGUUUAUCAUUCCAUUCACGAUUCAUAUUACUGGAUAAAAACCUUUGUCGAUCCCGAGUUUAAGACUCACCUAGCCGUAACAAAAUAUGCUGGGAUUUUUCUUCUUGAAUUAGCAGACGUGGAGCUCUUGCCUUUCAACACUACAACCUAUGCAGAACUGUUACAGAAAAAAUCCACUAUUAUAGAAAAGAGCAAACAUCUCAAAACACACAGCAUCAGCACGGCUGCCUUCUCUCGCGCGGUAAAGAACUUCGCAAAAGUUGCGCGUCAGUUUGAAAGCAGUAAGUCAAAACAUAAACCAGAGAGCUACCGCACGUUAAACGAUCAAAUGAUACAACUAGAGAAGGCGUUUAUUCAAACUGUGGAAGUGAAUGAUCAUAAACAAUUACGACAUGUUAUAUACGGUCCAAAGCUUGCCAAUCUUUACGGCGGUAUCUAUUUCCCACGCGUACAUUAUGCCACGAUGAAGGCCGAAAAGACGGGAGACUGGAAAUCGGUGGAGAAAGAAAUAUCACUUUUGACAUUUGCCAUAAACUCAGCCUCGAGGGUUUUGAAACCGAUAUGAUAAACAAGAAAGCUGUAAAAUAGUAUUAAAUUUGUCAUGUGAAGAACUACCGUGGAUAAAUUUGAAUUUUUUUCUAAGCCGUUUUGUUUAUGCUAGUUAGAAAUUUGCUACGUUCUUUUUCGGCAUUUUCGCCGACCGAUGCUCAUUUGAGAUUUGUCACAAAGCAAUUGUGAAAAAAGCCAGUUUAAAUUCAUUGGAACUGAA